CGUGCAUGUGUAGAGCAGGAAGGGAAAUCCUGAACUGCAAAAAAGGGCAGACGCACACACACAUUCAGCAUACUGAGAUUAUUUAACCCCUCAAAAGGAGGCUAGAAAAAUUACUUAGAAGGACCACUUACUGAGAUCAUGUGCACUCAAAUUAAGCUGAAAUUAUAGAAUACUGGGUUUGCCUUCCAAAACAGUAGCACGUACCGGUCUACUUAAUGUAUAUGCAAUAGUUUAGAAAGAUAAAGAUGUCCUUUGCGAUGCUGCGCUCCGCCCCCGGCAGGUUCCUCUACUCUGAGAUCAGCAUGCUCUCCGAGGACGAGGACGGUGGUAGCGAGAGCUCGGGCUCCGACGACAAGUCCUUCCUGCUGGAAGGCUCUGGCUACGAGAUCAAGGUGGGAGGCAAACGCAAAUCAGGCACCCGGAGGGUCACCCAGCAGAUCGCAGUGGGAGAAACGCGGCACAGGAAUGCAGCCAACGCCCGCGAGAGAGACCGCACCAACAGCGUGAACACAGCCUUCACUGCGCUCAGGACCAUGAUCCCCACAGAGCCUGCCGACCGCAAGCUCUCCAAGAUCGAGACCCUGCGUCUGGCUUCUAGCUACAUCUCUCACCUGGGCAACGUGCUGCUGGUGGGGGAGGCAUGCAGAGACGGGCAGCCCUGCCACACCACCUCCUCAUACUACCAGCACAGCAGCCAUGGCAGGGACAGCGAUGGCUGCCAGCCCAAACACAUCUGCACCUUCUGUCUCAGCAACCAGAGGAAAAUGAGCAAAGACAGAAAAACAGCCUUACGAAGUUAAUAAUAAACAGUAAGAAAAAAGGAAAAUAUAGAAAAUAAAUCAAUUAAAAAGGAGAAACAACAUGUGAACUAGCGAUUAAGGUUAAAAACAUUUGGACAGAUGGAAUAUGGAAUAUCCACAUGGAAUAUACUAGCAUGUGGAGCUGUGCUUUACACAGAGGUACAAAUUCAACUUCACGCAGACCUGAAAACAGAACAACAUAAAAUAUUUUAGACUGGAAAUGAAUGUCAUUUAAAAGCUACCGAAGCCUUUCCUGCUAUGGACACACAAGGGCCACUUUGGAGGCUGAGAGGAUCCAAUGCAGAGGACUAGAUGAGGGAAAAGACGGCUUUAAAAGCAGAAACACAACCAUGCGUUUAAGAACAAAAACAUUAUUCAACGUGACUGGAACCCCUCAUCGAUUCCUCUCUCCUUUCUGUCAGUGUGGCGCUGGCGCAGUAAACAGGAAACUAAUUCAGAACACAUUUCCAGACAAUAACUCUAAUAAGCCUUUACUUGCCAGGACUUUAUGAGCCCAGCUGUUUCUGGACCCGGACGUGGUACAUGCAUUCCGGAAGCUUUUGCACUUUUAUAAAAGGAGGCUGCGAGGAACGGGGCGACCCUUUCACUAAACUUGUUUGUGCCUUUUCCUUUCUAAAUCAAUACAUGCUGGAUUUUCAUGUACUUGAUGUUCUAUACUAAUAAAUGGUAAAUAUUUUGUUGAAAAAAUAAGUUACAUUUAUAUACAAAUACUUCAGGGUUUUUUUGGGGUUUUUUUUCCCCAAUAUUGCCAAUUCUAGCAAUAACCAUCUUUUCUAAAAGUAUGUUCCAUGCUUUUUCAGUUUUGCAUUGUGACAAUACAUUAAAAUGAUGUAGCAUUAUGUAAUGCAGCUUUGUUCUCAUAAUUACUCUGUCAACCCAGUUAUGUUGGAACACGUGGAAAAUGCUUCAGUGUACAUGAAAACCAGCAGCCGGUACAGCAGGAGCAUACUGUACGAUUCACGUGAAGACUGGGAAAAACAUGAUUAUAUGCAACACAUGCAUUCUUAUAUUUAUAUCAUCUCUGUUUGUAAAUCCAGAUAUUCUUCAGUUCAUUCUUAUUUCAUGAUUUUUGGUAAGUGAACAUAAGAAAAGCUACGAACAAGAGAAGCCUUCCAAUGUUAGUCCUAUUACCACAUCACACCUCUAACCAGUGGGCCACUUGUAUUUCACACACAAGCCUGGCACAGUACCCAGCAACACCAGACUCACCUUGCACAGGAAAGUCUACUGGGUCAGAAAUCUGAAUUUAUGAUGGGAACAAGAGUAGCAGUCACCUGUGCCACACUGUCAGAACGUUCUGCCCAGAAGCAAAGCCGUGGUAAAAAGGUCAUUGUGUGACUCCAAUAAAUACUGGUUAGCAGUUUUUGCAGAGGACUCCCCCUACGCGUUAAUAAAAUAUCUGGUGCGAAUUAGGAACGCCGAUUCAGCAUGUGCAAUUCGAGCCAAGCUUGUCGGAUCCUUUAUAAACCUUAUCCUGUUGCCUCCUCAAGCAAAAACAAUUCUCCCAGCCUUCUCCGUGACAUAUCCAACUCGGAGCACAUAUCGCGGCAGCCUGACCCGACCACCGGAGCAGACUCUGGAGACCAAGACCCAAUUAGUUUCAUUCUAAUUCGAUUCUACAGUGCCAACUGCAAGUUUAUUCUGAACAGCAUAUCUACCAGAAGUAGUGCUACAGUACUUAAUAUCAACAUUUUCUUUCAGAGGAAAAGCUGCACAGCUGCAAUGUAUAGCAACAGAAGUGGGACCUGGCCAAAACAAGCCAGUCCAAGGGAGACGUGGAUUA